AUUAGAACAUGCUAUUUCAAAAGCAAAAUAUUCGUUGCAUGCUUGGAAGUAUACAGGUUAACAUCAGAUAGACUAGAUCUCAGGGGAAUUGCGUGGAACAAAAAAGUAGUCGUCUCCGCCAACUGAUUCUUAUUCAUCAUUCACAGUUCGAUUGAUCAACUUGUAUGAAGAUAUUAGUACUCUCUCUGGAAACAUGGAUAAUAACUUCAAUUCAAAUAAAAAUAUUAAGGAGAGAAAAACAAAAUCUAGAAAACCCCUAUUGGAAAGGUGGAAAUUGGAAGGAUUGGAAAGAAAAUUUAAUGGCAGGAUUUGUCAAGUACUGUAGAAUGACGUCACUCCAUUGCCUGCGAUACUUGGCUGAUCCAUACCUAUCGCUCUAUGAAAGAAUGUUUUGGUUACUGGCUCUAGGACUUGUUAUAACUGGAAUAGCCAUCACAAUUACUGCACAAAUGAAGUUCUAUCUUAAAAGUCCAAUGCUGAUGUCACUUAAUGGGGAAAUAACGCCAACUUGGGACAUACCUUUUCCGGCCAUCUCAGUCUGUAGCCAGAAACAGAUAAGACCUUCUAUACCGUAAUCAACUUAACCCAACUUAUCAACAAGAAAAAUCCAACCAUGGAAGAGUAAGUUUCUAUACAUAAAUGCAACAACCACUUAUCAUUGGUGUUUUGAAAAAGACUAUUCAUAUAUUAUUAGCUGUAUUUAUUUAUUUUCUUAUUUCAAUUCAGUUUCUCACUUUAAAAUAUAUAGCCUUAUGAUAGUUGAUUUGUAAGUAGGCCUAUAUUUUCUUUCGAUUCAGUUUGAUAAUUAUAAAAUACAACCUCGAUAGUUGAUUUCUAAGAGGAUACUG